GUAUUGUUGUUGGUAACACAUACUUCCAACCUCGAGCUUUUAAAUAUGUAGGCAUGAAAUCAAAGUUUUAGAUAUCACACAAAAGCAAAAUAAUCAUGAGAGUUAAAUGUUCUUACUUCAUUUCCCUCCUCUCCGUAGCUACGCUUCUUUUAGCUAAUGGCUCUCAAAGUGUACCUUCUCCAACUGCACCACCAAGUCACUACACCGCAUCUUUCAAUAGAAGUCUUUUCCCUGUUGAUUUUGUAUUUGGUGCAGGUUCUGCUGCUUAUCAGUCAGAAGGAGCAGCAAAUAUGGAUGGAAGGGGAGCAAGCAUAUGGGAUACAUUCACGAAACAAAAUCCAGAAAAGAUUGCGGAUCAUAGCAAUGGUGAUGUAGCUGACGAUUUUUAUCAUCGUUACAAGAGUGACAUUAAAUUUGCUAAAGAAAUUGGCUUGGAUUCCAUAAGGUUCUCCAUCUCAUGGCCAAGAAUAUUUCCAGAGGGCAAAGGAAAAGUCAAUGCCUUGGGAGUUAAAUUCUACAAUGAUCUCAUUGAUGAGAUCCUCUCAAAUGGCUUAAUUCCAUUUGUUACUCUCUUUCAUUGGGACCUACCACAAGCUCUUGAAGAUGAGUACGGAGGAUUUCUUGGUUCUCAAAUAGUGGUGGAUUUCGGAAACUACGCUGAAUUCUGCUUCAAGACAUUUGGUGACCGAGUGAAGCAUUGGGUGACAUUGAACGAACCAUUGUCAUUCAGCGUGAAUGGCUACAAUGGUGGAACAUUUGCACCAGGAAGAUGCUCUAACUACGUUGGAAAUUGCAGUGCUGGAAACUCAGCCACUGAACCUUACAUCGUUGCACACCACUUCAUCCUUUCUCAUGCAGCAGCUGUCUCUUUGUACAAGACCAAUUAUCAGGCUUAUCAAGAAGGACAAAUUGGAAUCACCUUAGUGACUCAUUGGAUGGAACCAAAAUCAAAUAGUGCUGCUGAUCGCAAAGCUGCUAAACGGGCUCUGGACUUUUGGUUUGGAUGGUUUGCUCAUCCAAUUACAUAUGGUGACUAUCCAGAGAGUAUGAGAUCUUUAGUGGGCAGCAGACUCCCCAAGUUCAAGAAACAUGAAUCAGAAUAUGUAAAGGGCUCAUUUGAUUUUCUUGGUGUUAAUUAUUACACCACCAAUUUUGCAGAAAAUGCAUUGUCGACAAACACUGUCAACCAGAGUUUCUUAACCGAUAUGCAUACUGUUCUCUCUACGGUGAGGCGUGGCGUAGCUGUUGGAACUCCAACCGCUUUGAACUGGCUAUUCAUUUAUCCAAAGGGACUUCACCAUCUUUUGUUAUACAUAAAGGACAACUAUAAGAAUCCAACGAUUUACAUUACUGAAAAUGGUGUAGCAGAAGCAAAUAAUGCUUCAAAGCCAAUCAAAGAGGCCUUGAAAGAUAGUAUCAGGAUUAGAUACCAUGAUGGUCAUCUCAAAUCUCUUCUUCAGGCAAUAAAAGAUGGGGUUAACGUGAAAGGCUAUUAUGCAUGGUCAUUUCUUGACGAUUUUGAAUGGGAUGCUGGGUACACUUUUCGAUUUGGCCUCAUUUAUGUGGAUUUCAGGAACAAUUUGCGAAGAUAUCUCAAAUAUUCUGCUUAUUGGCUGAAGAUGUUCUUGGUCAAGUGAUGACCUAAUUUCCUUUCUUAAAUCAUUUGGAUUCCCAAGUUCUAAUAA